CAGUCGUCAUCGCCGCUACAUUGACUACGUGAAGCUUAGUCGACUCAUUGUCUACAAACCAGAGGAAGUGGUAUAAACAAUCCACAACAAAAAGAUUUGACAUAAAUCAAGUUUUGAAGAAUUGAAAAACUUGACAAAGCAAAAAAGGAAACCUUUCCUGACACUACAAGAAAUUGUAACGCUGUUCACAUGAAAACAGAAGACGACCUCGUACAACUGGUAUGGAGCAAGUUGUUCGCCUGAAAACUGUGUUGAUCCUAAUUAUUGCCCCCUGCCUCCUACUUAUAAAGGGGUCCGGCUCUGAAAGGCUCUUCCACAGCCGGGAUCAUUCGGACAUAGAGUUACAAAACCAUCCACAAGCCGAUGCCAUUCUGAGCCCAGAGGCUGCACAGCAAUACCUCGUGAAAUAUGGAUGGGUGUCACCUGUACGUUGGGAGGAGCAAGCAUUUGAAGACAUCCCCGAACUGGACCAAGCCCCACAAGAUGUUUUUGAGCUCAUCUCAGAAGGCGACUCAGCAGAACGGACAAUUUUCACGUCUCCAAAUAAAACUGAAAUUAGACCAGAUUUUUCAGAGUCUUUGAAAAAAUUUCAAGAAUCCAAUGGACUGAAUGCAACCGGAAUCCUGGAUACCCCAACCAAACUGGCCAUGAACAAGCCUCGCUGUGGAGUUCCUGAUAUAAAGGCGCCAUCAAAACGUAAAAAUGCAACCUUGAGUUUCUUGGCUACCAAUGAAACUCAUUACGAUUCCUCACACACUGCAGACUCUCGAAGGAAGAGAAGUAUUUUAUCCAAAGUGGUUGACCAUUUUAGAAGGAAACGGGAAAACAGAGAAGCUGUGGAAAAUGAGAAUUCAAUGAGUUUUUCCAAGAGAACACUGAAGUGGAGGCUCAUGGGAGAAGGAUACAGCAUGCAACUGACUAUUGAACAACAGAGGAGGAUACUCAACAUGGCUUUCCGGAUGUGGAGUGAGGUGAUCCCGCUACAGUUUGAAGAGGACCUUACGGGAGGAGACAUAGACAUUAGAGUUGGCUUCGGCACAGGCCAGCACCUCGGUUGCUCCCAAGCAUUCGAUGGUGUUGGGCAGCAGUUUGCCCAUGCUUGGUACCUGGGUGACAUUCAUUUUGACGACGAUGAACAUUUUGUUGGUCCGAGCAGUGAGCAAGGAAUCAGCCUUUUAAAGGUUGCAGUACAUGAAAUUGGACAUGCCCUUGGUCUACCCCAUAUCAAUCGCAUUGGAUCAGUUAUGCAGCCAAAUUAUACACCGCAGGGGAAGCAUUUUGAGCUCGACUGGGAAGACAGAAAGGCUGUUCAGAAAAAAUAUGGUGCCUGCGAUGGAAGCUUCAGCACCAUUUUUGAUUGGGUGAGAAAGGAACGGAAUUCACGCGGGGAGGUUUUCUACAGGUUCAACACCUACUUCUUCAAGACUGGCUGGUACUGGAUGUAUGAAAAUAAAAGAAACAGAACUAGGUUUGGAGACCCUCUUCCCAUCAAGACAGGCUGGAAAGGUCUCCCAGAAAACAGCAUUGAUGCUUAUGUUCAUGUCUGGAAUUGGAAUCUUGAUGCACAAUAUUUCUUUAAAGGUACUCAAGUUUGGCGGUAUGACCCUGAGAAAGACAUGGCAUAUACUGAAGACUGGAAAAAGAAUAAGUAUCCUCAGCUUAUAGCGGACACCUUUCCAGGGGCCCCAAUUCCAGUGGACGCAGCUUUCUUUGACAAGAAGGACCGACUGAUAUACUUUUUUAGAGGAAACAACGUGACCGCCUUCAGCAUAGAGAAGAACAAGGUGAGCGAUCAUUUUCCGAAACGAAUAAUGGACGUCUUUCCGGCCGUGGACCCUUCGGACCAUCCGGUUGGAAAUAUCGAUGCCGUCUACUACUCCUACACCGACCAAAGCACGUAUUUCAUCAAAGAUAGUUAUUACUGGAAAGUGGUGAAAGACCAGGAAAGACAAGUCAACGCCUCGCUGCCCGUGAACGGACUAUGGCCCCGGAAGAAGAUAAACUCCAAGUGGUACGAUAUCUGUGAUGUCCACCCCUCUGUUCUCUUCAAUACGACAUAGGCCCGCGUAGCCUUCGCGCGGCGUCUCUAGAGUCCAUUAGUUACAAUGUUACAACACAGUGUUUAUUAUUGCAUUCCAGCCACCUCCGACGCUUCUCUAUGUAACCAGGGACAAGGAGGACGGGCAGUCAGGGGUUCCUCCAAAUACCUUGUGAUCAGCUGAGUAAUAGAAAAGUAAUAAACGCAUCGUUCUGUAGGAAAUAAGUAACCGUAACCAUAUACAAAGUGUGUACAUCCCACUGCUUCA